AUGGCGGUGUUAAGCGGGUCGUCUGGGCCGGUUGCCCGGCUUGAGGGCCGUGAAUUCGAAUACUUGAUGAAAAAGCGCUCGGUGACUAUCGGGAGGAACUCGUCUCAGGGCUCCGUGGAUGUGAGCAUGGGUCAUUCCAGUUUCAUUUCUCGAAGACAUCUUGAAAUAUUCACUGUUAGUGAUGAUAGCACUGGUGGUGGAGACUUCUACUUGCGAUGCCUCGGCAAAAAUGGGGUGUUCGUGGACGGAGUGUUCCUCAGACGGGGUGCCCCUCCUCUGCAACUACCACGAAUGUAAGUUCAACAUGUUUCUGUGUUUAUAAUAACUAACUAGAUAGCUAUCAUAGUGUUUUUGUUUUGAAUUACCACAAAGCACGUGCUGUUGCAGCAACACUAAGGGGUGGUGUUUGCCAAUGCAAUGUAGGCUAAUCUUAGCUAGCUAGUUAACGUCAACUUGACAGUUUUUGUCAGAUACUAGUAGCUACACGUUAUGAACUGCCCUCCGUUGUUAUAAAAUAUCUUCUGAAUUAAGACAGACAAAUGUAGAGAGAUUCGACCAGCUUUCAGUUGAUUUGCUAUCACAUAGUGGGUUAUUAUUGUAACUAGCUAAGUUAGCUAGUUGGCUAACUGUGUACAUGGUCAUACAGGUAAACAAUGUCAUAUAGUUCUGUGCAUGUGUUUUGAUAAUCAAAUGGAUAUGAUCGAGGAUUUGUUUAUAUUUAGGUUUGUGGAUGGCUACGUUACUUGUAGGCCUGUAUCUUUGAAACGUGUAAUGUGCAUCACUAGGCCAUCACUCAAUUGAACAUUUCUGAUACGAUAUGGGUCAGCUUUGCACAACUCGGAACAUAUACGUUUUUGUUUUGGUUCAGUUUGCUCCAUUCACAAAAUGAUCAAGGCAGGUCACAAAUGCCAAAGCUAACGUUACUAUACAUUGAAAAUAGUCUUCUCAAAAUUCAACAUUAUUUUCCUCUUGCCUUCAGUGUAACAUUACUCUAUUCUCUUAGACAGAUUUGAAUUCCAUAAAACUAGAAUGAGAUUUAAUUUCUAUGCCAAAUUCCCGGUUUACAUAGUUUGUUUUGUCAGAUUUGCCCCAUUUUUAUUCUAAAGAAACUUGCAAGUAACUUCCAAAAUACACUCCAAUCCAACACUUUGUUGUCCAACUCAACCAUUACAACUGAAGACAACCCUGUAUUUAAUUAGGAAAAGUCACUAUUGCGCCAUAAUCCACUUUUGAAUGUUGAUAUUUGAUGCAUUAUAAUUCACAAUAAAAUUUUGUAGGCUGCUGGGGCUCAUUCAUUGGUCAGUUGCCUCUGUGACAUACAAAAACAAAGCUGCAUUCUUAAAGCAGCAGUAGAAACAGUAACAAAGCGACCUCCCCAACCCUGUUUCAUUAAAAAGCUAAGGGAUGCGGCUGGAGAAAUGUAACCACUCUCAAAUGCAUAUAUAGAGCUAUGGAUGCAAGGACUGACCAUCCAAAAUUAUAGUUUUAACCAUGUUUUGAGGCAAUGGGUGUGUUCGUAUAUUCACUCUGGAGUGCCAGAGUGCGCUCUGGGCGUUCAUAAAUUCAGAGCGUUGUAAGCGCACACUGGACCCUCUGGCGGAGGAGUAGGGUUGAUCCAAGCGUUCUGACCUCACAACAUCAGUCAAGCACCCAAGCUAACUGGCUAAAGUUGGCUGGCUUGCUAGCUACUUCCAGACACAAAUGAGAGCACACCUCACUCUGACCAUUUUUAUCGCAGAGCUGUUUAGGCUAUUCAUAUUAUCUAGAGCGUUGGUGACUGUAACUAUGCUGCUGGCAACAAUUUAAUUACUUUUGCUGUCGAUUACUGACACCGGUCAUAUUCAACCGGUGUUGCGCCAUUCAUAAAUUAAUCAGUUAUUCUGCACUCUGGUACACUCAGACGAGAGUGCUCUGAAAUCAGGGUAGAUAGCCAGAGUGAAUUUACCAACGCACCCUAUAUAGUGUUUGUUUGCAUUUACUUUGACAAACAUUGGAGUAAAACAUGUUUAUAUUUUAGGUUGUGAUGGGGUAGACAUGAGACAUAAGUUAUAUUCUUCAAGAAUCAAUGGGUACAUAUAAUUAAUUAAAGUCCAAAAAUGGAUGUUGAUUGCCCCUUCAACUGACCAUCCAGUCUUCUUACCCAUUCAUACACAGUAUCACAGCACUUUAGACUGAAGAGAUGUUGAUUCCUAACUAAGAAGCACAGUGGGCUCAAAUUCCCUCAUCGAUCAGGUUGACGUAACUAAAGAGCUUUUAAUCAGGGGUGUGUUUUAUACGCUCACAUCUACUGCUUCAAGAAAACCUUGUUGUGAUAUCCUUAUUUUGGAAUUGUGCAUUAUGGGUAUGAUGACUAUAGUAGCCCACCCAACCUGAGGCAAAGCAUGAUCAGGGAAGUGGACAGACAGUCUUGGCUUGGAGAGCUCUGGCCUGGGCUUCUUUAUGUCCCCUGGAUUCCAACUGAAUGACGGAAGUUGCCAGAAUGAAACAGUCAAUGCUGCCCAGCCCUCCAUGUUGUUGCUCUCCCACGCCUACAUAAUUACUCCCUGGCCUUCUUGACUGUUUACAUCCUAACUAAAUCUGUGGAAAGCAGAUGUAUUAGUUUGAUGCUCAUUGUUUUGUCUUAUAGGGAUUUUGUGUGUUUUGAGGAUAAUCUGCCGGGAUAAUGAUCUUGGUCAAAAAAGUGAAAAGAAUAGAGAAGUCUUCUUGUCUCUGCUGCCCUGAGCUUGGUUACUUUUGUAUCAGUUUAAGCUCAAUUGUGUUCUACCUCCUGGCAUAACAUAGCAACUGUGCAUUUGCUUUUAGAAAAUGUUUGGUCUCAUUGAGAAAAUAGGGAAAUUGGCUAGGAGCCUCAAUGUUAAAAUGCAGUGAGGCUGUGGGAAAACUCAGCUCUUUGCAAAAUGACUUGGGCUUUCCAUUCAAGCUUAUCCGCUUAACCAAUCUUCUUUUGUUGUUGAAAACAUUUUAAGUAUGAUGUAAUUGAAGCAGAUGGUAGACUAUAUAAUAACAUGAAUUGUCUGGUAGGGGGGUGGGUUUUGUGGUCUAAUGGAAUUCUCUGUACCCCAGGUAGUAGUGUGUGAGGGUUGGGUGGCAAAAGGAAUUCUGUUUGCUGUUUGUAUGCAUCUGUGCCUGACUGACUGAGGAUCAGUGAGCCCCCAACACACACACAAACCCAAGGUUGUAAAAGCAAUGUGUGUUGCCUUUGUAGUCACAUGCAGCACUGUGAGGAAUGUGACAUUUCAGAGCUCAGCAUUCCUGUAUCAAAGACGCCCUGGUGGUUGCCAUGCGACUGUGCUGCUGAGCACAAUGUUGAUGGUGCUGUUCCUGCUAUUAGGUGAUUUCCCCCAAUAGCAGGAACAGCACAAUCAGUGGUCAGAAUCUGGUAAUAUCAGGAUGUAGGAUGGGACAUAAACCCAACAACUUCAAUGACUAAUUUCUCUGAACAUCACCAAAUUCACUGAGAAUACAUUACAUAGGAUGAAGAAACAAUACUCCGAUCCUCAGCUCCAUACUACUUGUCAAACAUGGAGAACUAUAUUUAAUAAAUAUUUAAUGAAUCCUAUAAAUUAAAAUGGCCAAUUUGGGUGCAAUCAAUUAGCUUAAUUUCUUAGAGAUCAAAUGUAUAUUUAAACAAAAUUAUGUUGCAGGAAGGCUAUUCUUAUCUGUUUCUAACAACAGAAACGAUUUCAGAACAAUCUGAGAUGGUGGGUGUCAAACCUCUUUCUUGUGCUUUUUGAGUUGGAAUGACCCAAAGGCAUCAUUAGGCCUAUUGAAUAUUGUGACAUGCCUCUACCAUGCUUGGUAUCUAGUUUUGGAAAAACAUGUUUUCCCCCUAGACACUAGCUAGUAGCUAUGUGUGGUCUGCAUAAUGAGGUCAUCAACAUCCCCCUAUUUCAAAUAAUGGAGUUUCCAAUGCUCUUUGUUGACAGGGGUAUUACAUUGGCCCUGAAAGGGUUGGAGUGCAUAUGCAUAAUUUAAGUGUCUGCCUUCACCAGGCUGGCUCCCAGCCGUUUUUCACCCUCUGAGUAGCAAUACUAAUUUGAGACUUGGGUGUCAGGGACACUGUUCUCUCUGCAUGUGCUCUUUGCCAGCUCUGUCAGGGCUUGGCAACAAGUGCAGCAGCGCCUGGCAUCCGGACCAAAGGGAAGCAGGGCUGGCAUAACAAUCUGGGCCUCAGUCUCUCUCUGGAGUGUGAUGAUGGAGCCUGAUUGACCUCAGCUCAUUACCUGUAUUAACUGCACCUGUUUGAACUCGUUACCUGAAUAAAAGACACCUGUCCACACACUCAAUCAAACAGACUCCAACCUCUCCACAAUGGCCAAGACUAGAGAGCUGUGUAAGGACAUCAGGGAUAAAAUUGUAGACCUGCACAAGGCUGGGAUGGGCUACAGGACAAUAGGCAAGCAGCUUGGUGAGAAAGCAACAACUGUUGGCGCAAUUAUUAGAAAAUGGAAGAAGUUCAAGAUGACGGUCAAUCACCCUCGGUCUGGGGCUCCAUGCAAGAUCUCACCUCGUGGGGCAUCAAUGAUCAUGAGGAAGGUGAGGGAUCAGCCCAGAACUACACGGCAGGACCUGGUCAAUGACCUGAAGAGAGCUGGGACCACAGUCUCAAAGAAAACCAUUAGUAACACACUACGCCGUCAUGGAUUAAAAUCCUGCAGCGCACGCAAGGUCCCCCUGCUCAAGCCAGCGCAUGUCCAGGCCCGUCUGAAGUUUGCCAAUGACCAUCUGGAUGAUCCAGAGGAGGAAUGGGAGAAGGUCACGUGGUCUGAUGAGACAAAAAUAGAGCUUUUUGGUCUAAACUCCACUCGCCGGGUUUGGAGGAAGAAGAAGGAUGAGUACAACCCCAAGAACACCAUCCCAACCGUGAAGCAUGGAGGUGGAAACAUCAUUCUUUGGGGAUGCUUUUCUGCAAAGGGGACAGGAAGACUGCACCGUAUUGAGGGGAGGAUGGAUGGGGCCAUGUAUCGCGAGAUCUUGGCCAACAACCUCCUUCCCUCAUUAAGAGCAUUGAAGAUGGGUCGUGGCUGGGUCUUCCAGCAUGACAACGACCCGAAACACACAGCCAGGGAAACUAAGGAGUGGCUCCGUAAGAAGCAUCUCAAGGUCCUGGAGUGGCCUAGCCAGUCUCCAGACCUGAACCCAAUAGAAAAUCUUUGGAGGGAGCUGAAAGUCCGUAUUGCCCAGCGACAGCCCCGAAACCUGAAGGAUCUGGAGAAGGUCUGUAUGGAGGAGUGGACCAAAAUCCCUGCUGCAGUGUGUACAAACCUGGUCAAGACCUACAGGAAACGUAUGAUCUCUGUAAUUGCAAACAAAGGUUUCUGUACCAAAUAUUAAGUUCUGCUUUUCUGAUGUAUCAAAUACUUAUGUCAUGCAAUAAAAUGCAAAUUAAUUACUUAAAAAUCAUACAAUGUGAUUUUCUGGAUUUUUGUUUUAGAUUCCGUCUCUCACAGUUUGAAGUGUACCUAUGAUAAAAAUUACAGACCUCUACAUGCUUUGUAAGUAGGAAAACCUGCAAAAUCGGCAGUGUAUCAAAUACUUGUUCUCCCCACUGUAUAUGGACAUCCCCAUUCUAGGCAUGCACACUGCUUGUUGUUUACCCCACAGUGAGAGUGUGUGUUCUCUCUGUGUGUGUGUGUGUGUGUGUGUGUGUGUGUGUGUGAGAGCCUAUAUUUAGCCUGAGCCCCGAGAGUCUCCCUGUUCCCCCUAGAGCACAUAUGUCAGAGUCAAGGCCCGCGGGCCACAUCCGGCCCGCGAGAAGGUUUUUUACGGCCCCUGGGAUGAUCUUGAUUUAUUAUUAGAACCGGCCCGCAGACCGCAGCAAGCCGGCAGCCCGCAGAUCUUUUACACGCACCAAUACUACAUUUCCCACAAUGCAACGGUGACGCACCGAGCAGUAGGCUGCUUCAUUUCAAUAUUUAUUGGCACAGCAGUCGUCAGCAUCACAGUAAAAUUAACUUUCAGAUACCCAUCAAAAAUGGCAAAACGGAAGGUGGACACUGAGAACCGGGGGUUUCAAACAAGGUGGGAGUCGGAGUAUAUGUUCACGGAGGUAGCUGGAAAACCUGUGUGUCUUCUGUGUGGAGAAAGUGUGGCGGUACUGAAAGAGUAUAAUCUGAGACGACAUUAUGAAACGAAACACGCGGACAAAAACAAGAAUAUGGACAUGGAACAAAUGCCCCAGCUGCGCAUCCAGGCUGCUCAAACGUUGUCUAUGUUUGGCAGCACAUACCUGUGUGAACAACUGUUUUCUUUGAUGAACCUGAACAAAACAUCACACAGAAGUCGACUUACUGCUGAACACCUCCACUCAAUUCUGAGGAUUUCCUCAGCUCAGAGCCUUACCCCGAACAUUGAUGAACUUGUGGAAAAGAUGGGACACCACCAAGUAUCACCCUCAACCUCAAACAAGUGAACAUUACUGUGCAAUCACAUAUUUAGAGUUUUUACUCAGUUCAAGUUUAAAAGUUAAAGUUUAAUAUUUGUUUUCACUGCAUGUUACUUCUCCUUAAACAAAGUGUUGUUUUUGAUUAAUAGAUUUUUGCACUUUAUUUUAUUGUAUUUCAAUCCAAUUAUAUUUUAAAAAUAUUUCAGUUGAGUGGAUGAUAGAAAAUUGCUAUUAUUGUUUUUUUCUUUGAAGUAAAUUUAGCCCACUUUUGCUAAAAUAGAAAAUAUAGGCUACUGAUGGUGCCUUGAAUACCGGUUUCUUUCAUUUAAUGUUCAUGUUAUGCCUAGAGGUACCUUUGCUCCACUCUCACAAAUAGUUUAAAGCAGGUAUGUUAGGACUUGAUUUGAUUGAUUAGGAUCCCCGUUGGCCGACGCCAAUGGCGACCGCUACUAUUACUGUGGUCCGACAUGCACUAUAUAUACAAAUGUAUGUGGACACCCCUUCAAAUGAGUGGAUUCGACUAUUUCAGCCAAACCCGUUGCUGAUAGGUGUAUAAAAUCGAGCACACAGCCAUGCAAUCUCCGUAGACCAACAUUGGCAGUAGAAUGGCCUUACUGAAGAGCUCAGUGACUUUCAAUGUGGCACCGUCAUAGGAUGCCACCUUUACAACAAGUCAGCUCGUCAAAUUUCAGCCCUGCUAGAGCUGCCCCGGUCAACUGUAAGUGCUGUUAUUGUGAAGUGGAAAAGUCUCGGAGUAACAACGGCUCGGCUGCGAAAUGGUAGGCCACACAAGCUCAGAGAACGGGACUGCCGAGUGCUGAAAUGCGGAGCGCGUAAAAAUCGUCUGUCUUUGGUUGUAACACUCACUACCGAGUUCCAAACUGCCUCUGAAAGCAAUGUCAGCGCAAUAACUGUUUGUCGGGAGCUUCAUGAAAUGGGUUUCCAUGGCCGAGCAGCUGCACACAAGCCUCAGAUCACCAUGCGCAAUGCCAAGCAUCGGCUGGAGUGGUGUAAAGCUCGCCGUUAUUGGAAUCUGGAGUAGUGGAAACGCGUUCUCUGGAGUAAUGAAUCACACUUCACCAUCUGGCAGUCCGACGGAAGAAUCUGGGUUUGGCGGAUGCCAGGAGAACACUACCUGCCCCAAUGCAUAGUGCCAACUGUAAAGUUUGGUGGUCUGGGACUGUUUUUCAUGGUUUGGGCUAGGCCCCUUAGAUCCAGUGAAGGGAAAUCUUAAUGCUACAGCAUACAAUGACUUUCUAGACGAUUCUGUGCUUCCAACUUUGUGGCAACAGUUUGGACAAUGCCCCGUGCACAAAGCGAGGUCCAUACAGAAUUGGUUUGUCGAGAUCGGUGUGGAAGAACUUGACUGGCCUGCACAGAGCCCUGGCCACAAUCCCAUUGAACACCUUUGGUAUGAAUUGGAACGCCGACUGCGAGCCAGGCCUAAUUGGCCAACAUCAGUGCCCGACCUCACUAAUGUUCUUGUGGCUGAAUGGAAGUCCCCGCAGCAAUGUUCCAACAUCUAGUGGAAAGCCUUCCCAGAAGAGUGGAUGCUGUUGUAGCAGCAAAGGGGGGGGGGGGCAACUCUAUAUUAAUGGCCAUGAUUUUGGAAUGAGAUGUUUGACAAGCAGGAGUCCACAUACUUUUGGUCAUGCGGUGUACAACGAAAAAUACAUUACAGACAAAAGACUUCACAAUUUACAUACAUUUAAAAACAUGAACAUUUAGUGUGUGGAUGCUCAUAGAGGCUACAUGGACUGGAAGGUUGCAUUACAUUGAGUGGUAGGUGAAUUUUAAACUUUUUUGUUUAUUUUCUCUGCAGGUGCACUUUCAGGUUUCCCAGCACAAACAUCAAGAUCACAUUCACAGCCCUGUCCAAUGGGAAGAGGGAGAAGCGCGAGGCGCCCGAGUCUCCAGUAAAACCAGUCCAGAUCUCCCCGCUCACCAUAAACAUUCCAGACAACAUCGCCCACCUCAUGAGCCCCCUGCCCUCGCCCACCGGCACCAUCAGGUACAGUAACAGAGGAACAGUAGGCCUGGGCCUCAGCUAACCUUGAGAUAACCUAUGAUCAUACUGGCCUGGCGGCUUAUGGUUAGUUUACUGAACUCUAGGGGAUGUUGUGAACCAGGCUCAGCUUGUUGCUUAGGUCACCUCCUAACCUACACCAUCUGUCCAACACAGCUUUAUUGUGUGUACGUGUUAAGCCUAGUCUGUGUGUAGCCAUUGGCAGUCUUUACUUGGCUGCUAUGUGCGUGUUGACUGAAAAAACAUAGCUUCUAGCAGUGUUAAUUUUGACAGCUAUUUUAGUCUUAAUACCUUUGUCUGUCAUAUUUUUUUUUUUGUCGUUUCAUCCUUGUUUUUAGUUAUUAGUCAACUAAAACUCUGGGCAGUUUGUCUAGUUUUAGUCACAGCCAUUUUAGUCACAUAGUCAGUGCAUUUAUUUGAUUAAAUGAAUAUUUAGGCUACCUCAGACUUCCAUCAUGUGCACCUUCCUUGAUAAGGGGAGAAUUUCAGCUUUCCAACAAUGCCAGGAGUAUUACUGUACUCCUAAUAUUCAACAAAUAGCAUUACUUUUUUCCCAUAGGAAAGGUUAGUUACAAGUCAAGUGUCCUGUAGGCUUGGGUGGUAUACCGUAUAUAUCAUAUAAUGGGGUAUUUGGAAGAAGCUACGGGAUGAUUUUUCAAUACCGUCAAACCUAUUUUUUUGAAGUUUCAGUACAUUUUAAUAUUUGUAGCUACUUUUUAAGUUAAUACCUGCAGUCAACUUGUGCGAUACGUUAGGAGAUAUAGCAGAUUGCGUUCUUCAUUUCACCUGUCACAUUAUUUUACAUUAUGAAGCUUACCAUAGUUCCCCAGAACAGUUGAGCUAGUCACUAGUUUGUAAAUAGCACAAUUGGAGAAAGCGAGCUGGUGAGUCCAUAGCAUUCUAUAUCGGUGAGUGUCUGUUGUGCGCAAUUUACUUGUAUGCAAUUCACUUCAAAAUGUUUGCCAUCAGAUAUCUUAUAAUGGCUUUCUGCUAGAAGUCAAAGAGCUCUAGAUGAGUUCUGAACGCUGCCAUUUUCCCCCCUUUGCUUCCUACUAGUGUUUUUUUCUCUCCAUUUCUCUCCCAUCUGGUCCAUGUACACAUGCUGCUAUUCCUUCAGAAAAGCAUGCAUUACAACUUUGUUCAUUUGCACAAUUUCUCUUGUUCACUUUCGCUUGUAAAUGUCAACACUCACCAAAAAUGAUAUUCGGUAGCUGCUAGCUAUGCUUGUGUAACUUUAUGAGCUGUAUUUGCCUGUCUUUGUAAUUAGUUUGUUUUUACCCGAUGGCAUUUAGCUAACCGUCUGUGAUUUCGCAAUUAGUUUGCGCUAAGUUUGUUAGCAUUCUGGUAAUAGAGGCCCAAUUGGCUUUUCUUGUGUUUGUAGCGCCCCCUUGCCAGUAAUACCGUAAAUCUUGGAAUGAGAGAAGGACGGUAUGACGACAUGAAAAUCUGGAUACCGCCUAAGCCCAGUGUCCUGGCUUUGCAUCAGUUUAAAAGAUUGAAUAGUGACUGAAGUGACCACCUGGGAACUGUGUGGGAGAGCCUGGCAGAUCAGCUCAAUCAGACCGUGCAGCUCAAAUAUGUAAUGAGAGGGUUGCAUGAAAUAUUCUGCACGCAUGCGUGCUUAGGAUUGGACAAAACAGUUGAAAAGGAGCUAAAAUCAAAUUAAAUGUCCAUUAGUCUCACGUGGAAUUCUCCUCUCGUCACAUUUUCGUUGACUAAAAUGAAAAGUAAAUUGUAAUAGUUUGUUUUUUUCCAGUGCAUCUCGUUAUCAUAAUAGUCUUAGACAGGAAAAAUAGGUUGUUGAUUAGUAUUUUUCGUUAUAGUUAUUGUUGACUAAAUUGAACACUGGCUUCUAGUGGUGUGAAUGGUUCAACGUAAUUGGGAUCCUUAACGUUAUAAUUUUUUUUACAUUCACAGUGCAGUUAUCACAACAUUAUUUUCUGUGUUAUAGCCUAACUAGACGAUAGGCUGUAAAGGUAGACUCGGCGAUAUGACUUGGAUGCAGAAAGUAAACCACAUAGUGGUUUAAGGCUCAACUUCUCCGCUGUUUUGGUGCUCUGGCAACCACGCUGUGAACAGCGUGACACGAACCCGUGCAGAUAUUGUGUGAGAGCGAAGUGCAUGCCACUCAUCUUAAUAUCCUGGCCUAUUCAUUGAUGAUAGGCCCUGCGUUACUGAAGUUGCGAGACAUUGCAAGCCAAGAAAUUGCGUGAUGAAGCAUUCCAUUGCGAGAUGCAGCUUUUAAUUGCUGAUAGGCCUGGUGGCCGACUUGCCUAUACUGUGCCCCUCCCCUCUCUCUCAGUCCCUCGCUAGCUCGCUAUGAAAUAUGUGAGUGUUUGUGUUCUCGGAAGUACGGUAACUAAUCCAGGGCUCUACAGUGCGACUAUUUUACUCGUGUAUGCGCUUAAAUAUUUGUCUGUGCGACCUGGACAUUUUUAUUUAGGGAGCACCAGUGCGCCUAGAACAUUUUAAGCAUUCUAACAUUAAUAUCUCAAAUGUAUUUGUGUGCGCCUACAUCUUUCAAUUUAGGCACAUACGUGCUUCUUGUAAAAAAUUCAAUAAAUAAAAAAAGUUGGCGUAGAGCACUGUAAUCAGUCUCCUCCAUUCCAAAAUUCCUAGCGGAAUCUAAUCUUAACACUCCAGAAAUGGGGAGUUGACGCGCAAGUUUGAGUUAAUUAUUUUGGCAUCAACUCUCCACCACAGCAUCAUCGUCGUUAACAGUUGGGAAAAAUGGCGACAGCAGUGAAGUUCUGUAUGGCAAUGCUUUGAGAAGUUAAAUGAGAAGGAAAUGCACAUUUUGCGAGGUGGAAUUGAGGUACGGUAAUGGUAGUACAGGUGCAAUGCUUAACCAUCUGAAACCGUUGCUUGCAGCUGAAUUGUGAAUUCACAUGGAAUUCUAUAUAUUUUUCCUAUUGUUUGAAUGGAAAACCGAUGGUAUUUGCUGUUUAAACAUUAAGAACUUUUCCCCCCAUUUGUCACAUCCCUAAUAGCUUCUGCUGUGUCCAUCCAUUAAUUCCUACUAGCACAUCUGCCAAUCAGCUACGGCACAUUGCACCGAUGAUGGAACGUUGAAGAAUAGGCCCCGUGUAGUAGUAUGUAGGCCCCGUGUAGCUCAGUUGGUAGAGCAUGGCAUUUGCAACGCCAGGGUUGUGGGUUCGUUUCCCACAGGGGGCCAGUAUAAACAUUAAAAAAAAAAGGUAAGUUAAAUGACUAAAAUGUAAAUGUAAGAAUGGAAAAAUAAUAUUGAUGUUUUCAUUUGAUUCUAGCCCAUCAGUGUUUAUCUCCAGAUUAUUCAUGUUUGCUUCAGCUAAUGACAAAUCAUUAAACGUUUUCCGCUGUUUUAAGUCUCAACUUAAUGCCUCAUGAAACGAUUUUGCUCUCUUUUCAAUAUGGGUUAGAUAAUGUGAGGCUAUAAAAAUAGGUGGCGUGUGCCAGCCUGACUGCAGACUGCAGGCUACUGCAGUAAAGGGUACAGAUAAGCUGAGCCAAGAUAUUUAUUUUACAGGGGCCCCCUCUUCCUCAGAAUAGCUUGGCUAAUUGUAAACCAUUGCUUAAUUUCUCAAAAGGAACUGAGGUCAUCAGUGGAUCAAUUAGGCAGUUUUGUUUGUAGCCUAAAAGUGUUGCAUUUGGCAAGAAUAAGAUUUCCAUUUUGUACUGUUUUGAUUUUUAUUUCCACUCACCCAUUCCUAUGUCAUUUCCCCACCGUUUUCCAUGCCCUGACAGCCAUGUAGAGCUAGUCUAAUGUAAUGCCUAUUGCAUUACUCUUGGUCAGAUCAUUUGAUAUGUACUGUGGUGGUCAUCAUGCUGACAGAGACUUGGUGACUGACUAACGGUCUGGCCCUCUUCUUCCCAAUAGUGCUGCCAACUCGUGCCCCUCCAGUCCCAGGGGAGCGGGCUUGUCCGGCUACAGGAUGGGUCGCAUCGUCAGCUCUGCAGAGCUACAGCUCAUAAACGACAACUCCCAGUCAGAGAACGACAAGGAGGCCUCAGGAGGGGACAGCCCCAAGGUGAGCACCACCUACAGAGAAUCUGCAUUGAACAUGCUUUUAGUCUAAGACUAGGCUUAAAUUCAUCUGUUUCUGCGAAACUGGCCUUUUCAAUUUAGUGGCAAUCAGCAGUUGAAACCCUAACAUUUACAUUUACAUCAUUUAGCAGACGCUCUUAUCCAGAGCAACUUACAAAUUGGUGCAUUCAACUUAUGAUAGCCAGUGGGACAACCACUGUGUUAUCCCCACCCAAUGUUUAUGGUAAAAAGCUGAGGGAUGGGGCUGGAGAAAUGUAACCACUCUCAAAUUCAUAGACAGCUAUGGAUGCAAGAAUUGACCAACCAUGAUAUCCAAAUGUUAUGAGGGUUUACAGUGUUUGUUUACAUUUACUUUGUUUUAGUGCUGAGCGAUUAGUGCUUUUUGGGGUUGGUUCGGUUUUGGUUCGAUUAUAAAAGUUUAAAAAAUCACAUUUUUCGGUUUCGAUUAUUUAAUUUUUGUCAUUAAAUGCGCUAUACAUUAUGUGGAUUGAAUGCUGUAAAAACACAGAAUAAAACAAAUAACAAAAGUCCCAGGAUGGUUAGUGACUGCCCAUUACUGCUUAUCACUUAUUAACCAUAAUUUAUUUACAUUACAAUUUACUUUAAAAUAUUUAAAUUGUGUAUAUUACAUUUUGUUUUAUUAGAUGACUUUAUUAUUUCAUUCCAAGUCAUCAUCUCAUCUCUAUAGAGCUGCUGCCUGCUGUCUGACAAAAUCACUGUUUUAGUAGUUCUUCAAAGUAAAUAAGACAUACUUUUAUGACUGCUGAAUACCAACUAUCAAUCACUUAGAUAAUGUAUUUUCAGGUAGAGAUGCCUCCCGAAGCUACUGCUCUCUAUCCCUCUCGAUCGCGCAUCUUCUGUCGCUUCUCUCCCUCUCAGUGCGCCCACACAGACCGGACAAGUAGGCGCAAAAUGGAAUAUGGUCAUGUUGGUUAAUUACCACGUUUUCUGCGCUAAACUAUGUAGAAUAUUGGCCUGUUGGAAACUACAACUGUCUACUAUCAUAACAGUUUGGGCUAGAUCUGAUUUAUCUCUAUUGGUCAAUUAGUUGUUUUAAAAAACCAAAACAUAUCUGACAUUUCGGUUAAUCGCUCAGCACUACUUUGUUUACAAACAUUGGAGUAAAACAAGCUUAUUUGGGUUCGGAUGGGAUACGACAGUUGAACUGAGCUCAUGAGGCAUUUAGGAAGUUAUAUUCUUCAAGAAUCAAUGGGUACAUAUCAUUUAUUUAAAUGGAGGUAGCAACUGAAGAUUUCCCUUUAAAUAAGUGCACACUUAAAUUAAUUGGAGAGGAAAGGUAGGUCUGUCUGUCUGUUUUGUCAUUUGAACUGAUGCAUGUGACAAAACAAACCCAUGAUUUGUUGUUAUCAAAUUUAAUUUGUCACAUACUUCAUAGACAACAAGUGUAGACUAACUGAAAUGCUUACUUACACAUUAUUUUCCAACAUUGCAGAGUUAAAGAUUAGAUAAAAAAUGUAUAUACAAAAUUGAAAUAGUGUCACAAUGAAUAAAUACACAGUGAAUAACAAAUAGAAAUGAGUAAAAAUAACAUGGCUAUAUAUAGGGAGUACCCGUACUGAGUCGACGUGCAGGGGUACGAGGUUAUUGAGGUAGCUAUGUACUGUACAUAUAGUUAGGGGUAAAGUGACUAGGCAACAGGAUGGACAGUAGCUCAGUUGGUAGAGCAUGGCGCUUGCAACGCCAAGGUUGUGGGUUCGUUUCCCACGGGGGGCCAGUAUGAAAAUGUAUGCACUCAUUAACUGUAAGUCGCUCUGGAUAAGAGCGUCUACUAAAUUACUAAAAUGUUAAAUGUUAGCAGCAGCGUAUGUGUAAAAAAAGGGUCAAUGCAGGUAGUCCGGGUAGCCAUUUGAUUAGCUAUUUAGCAGUCUUGUUUAGAUAUCUUAUGGCUUGGGGGUAGAAGGGGUUCGGGGUCCUGUUGAUUUCAGACUUGGUGCAUUGGUACCACUUGCCAUGCGGUAGCAGAGAGAACAGUCUGGCUUGGGUGGCUGGUGUCUUGAACAAUGUUUUGGGCCUUCCUCUGACUCCGCCUGGUAUAGAGGCCCUGGAUGGCAGGGAGCUCGGCCCCAGCGAUGUACUGGGCCGUACGCACUACCCUCUGAAGCGCCUUGCGGUCGGAUGCCAAGCAUUUGCCAUACCAAGCGAGUCAAGAUGCUCUCGAUGGAGCAGCUGUAGAACGUUUGGAGGAUCUGAGGGCCCAUGCCAAAUCUUUUCAGCUUCCUGAGGGGGAAGAGGCGUUGUUGUACCCUCUUCUCGACUGUUGGUGUGUUUGGACCAUGAUAGAUCCUUAGUGAUGUGGACACAGAGGAAUUUGAACCUCUCGACCCGCUCCACUACAGCACUGUCGACGUGAAUGGGGGCGUGCUCGGCCCUCCGUUUCCUGUAGUCCACAAUCAGCUCAUUUGUCUUACAGACGUUGAGGGAGAGGUUGUUGUUGUCCUGGAACCACACUGCCAGGUCUCUGACCUCCUCCCUAUAGGCUGUCUUGUUGUCAUCGGUGAUCAGGCCUACCACCGUUAUUUUGUCGGCAAACUUAUUGAUGGUGUUGGAGUUGUGCGCAACCACGCAGUCGUGGGUGAGGGGACUAGUACAGGAGGGGACUAAGCACGCACUCCUGAGGGGCCCCAGUGUUGAAGGGUCAGCAUGGCGGAUGUGUUGUUGCCUACCUUCACCACCUGGGGGCAGGCCAUCGGGAAGUCCAGAUCCAGUUGCAGAGGGAGGUGUUCAGUUCCCAGGGACCUUAGCUUAGUGAUGAGCUUUGAGGGCACUAUGGUGUUGAACGCUGAGCUGUAGUCAAUGAACACAUUCUCAUGUAGGUGUUCCUUUUGUCCAUGUGGGAAAGGGCAGUGUGGAGUGCAAUAGAGGAUGUGGAUCUGUUGGGGUGGUAUGUGAAUUGGAGUGGGUCUAGAGUGUCUGGGAUGAUGGUGUUGUUAGCCAUGACCAGUCUUUCAAAGCAUUUCAUGGCUACAGAUGUGAGUGCUACAGGGCGAUCGUAAUUUAAACAGGUUACCUUGGCAUUCUUGGGCACAGGGACCAUGGUGGUCUGCUUGAAACAUGUAGGUAUAACAGACUGGGUCAGUAAAGACCCUUUCCUGCUGGUCAACACAUGCUCUGAGGAUGCGUCCUGGUAAUCCGCCUGGCCCUGCUGCCUUGUGAAUGUUUACCUGUUUAAAGGUCUUACUCACAUCGGCUAUGGAAAGUGUGAUCACACAGUCGUUCGGAACAGCUGGUGCUCUCACGCAUGGUUCAGUGUUUCUUGCCUCAAAGUGAGCAUAGAAGGCAUUUAGCUCGUCUGGUAGGCUCAUAUCAGUGGGCAGCUCGUGGCUGGGUUUCCCUUUGUAAUCUGUGAUAGUUUGCAAGCCCUGCCACAUCCGACGUGCGUCAGAGCCGGUGUAGUAGGAUUCGAUCUUAGUCCUGUAUUGAUGCUUUGCCUGUUUGAUGGUUCGUCGGAGGGUGUAGUGAGAUUUCUUAUAAGCGUUCCGGUUAGUGUCCCGCUCCCUGAAAGCAGCAGCUCUAGCCUUUAGCUCAGUGCGGAUGUUUCCUGUAAUCCAUGGCUUCUGGUUGGGAUAUAUACGUACGGUCACUGUGGGGACAUCAUCAAUGCACUUAUUAAUGAAGCCAGUGACUGCCAUCGGAUGAAUCCCGGAACAUAUUCCAGUCUGUGCUAGAAAAACAGUCCUGUAGCUUGGCAUCCGCUUCAUCGGACCACUUCCGUAUUGAGUGCGUGCGUCACUGGUACUUUCUGUUUUAGUUUUUGCUUGUAAGCAGGAAUCAAGAGGAUAGAGUUAUGGUCAGAUUUGCUAAAUGGAGGGAGAGAUUUGUAUGCAUCUCUGUGUGUGGAGUAAAGGUGAUCUAGAGUUUUUUUUUGCCUCUAGUUGCACAGGUGACAUACUGGUAGAAAUUAGGUAAAACAGAUUUCAGUUUUCCUGCGUUAAAAUCACGGCCACUAGGAGGACCACCUCUGGGAGAGCAUUUUCUUGUUCGCUUAUGGCCCAAUACAGCUCGCUGAGUGCAGUCUUAUUGCCAGCAUCGGUUUAUGGUGGUAAAUGAACAUCUACUAAAAAAUAUAAUGAAAACUCUCUUGGUAAAUAGUAUGGUCUACAGCUUAUCAUAAGGUAUUCUAACUCAGGCGAGUACAACCUCGAAGAGACACACACCCCCUCCCCUGAGCUUCCCUAACACUGACAUUCUGUCCAGAAAAAACAGCUAGAUUUAUAUUUUCCUUGUUCAGCCACGACUCAGAGAAACAUAGGAUAUUACAGUUCUUCAGAUCACGUUGAUGGGAUAGUCUCAAACGGAGCUUGUCCAGUUUAUUCUCCAGUGAUUGCACGUUCGCCAAUCGCGCCACCUCCUUCUUCUCCAAGUGUCGGGGAUUUGGGCCUGGUCUGGGAUAGUCAAUAUGGCCUUUGCCUCCGAAGUAGAAGUCCUCAUCCAAAUCGAGGUUGGUGAUAGCUGUUCUGGUUUCCAGAAGCUCUUUUUGGUCAUAGGAAAUGAGGGGGUAAACAUUAUGUGCAAAAAAAGUUAAGAUCAACGCAAGAAUGUACACAAAAUAGCAUAAUUGGCCAGGAGCUCGUAAAAUGGCUGCUAUUCCCUCCAGCGCCAUUGCUCACAAAAUGGAACUGUGCUACCUAGUAAAUUACAUGCCGUUUCUUCCUUCCUCUUCUUCUUCCCUUUAGGAUGAUUCCAAACCUCCAUACUCAUAUGCACAACUGAUAGUCCAAGCCAUUACAAUGGCACAGGACAAGCAGCUCACACUAAACGGAAUAUACACUCACAUCACCAAAAACUACCCCUACUAUAGGACUGCAGACAAAGGCUGGCAGGUGAGAAAUGGCAUCUUUCAAUGCACCAUUUUUACUGAAAUUCUUUGUAUGUUAUGAAAAGAUCAAAAACUGUCUUGAAUAGCAUUAGGAUUCAACCACAUUGUUAUAUUUGAAAUAUCUCAAAAACCACAGAGCAUAGUUGUCAUAGCCAAGGGAGCAUUACAGAGCCUUCAGAAAGUAUUCACACCCCUUGAUUCUUUCCACAGUUGUGUUACAGCGUGAAUUUAAAAUUGAUUAAAUUGUGAUUUUUUUGUGUGUGUGUCACUGGCCUACACACAAUACCCCAUAAUGUCAAAGUGGAAUUAUGUUUGUAGAAUUUUUUUUACAAAUUCAUUAAAAAUGAAAAGCUGGAAUGUCUUGGGUCAAUAAGUAUUCAACCCCUUUGUUAUGGCAAGCCUAAAUAAGUUCAGGAGUAAAAAUGUGCUUAACAAGUCACAUAAGUUGAAUGGACUCACUCUGUGUGCAAUAAUAGUGUUUAACAUGAUUUUUGCAUGACUGCCUCAUCUCUGUACCCCACAUAUACAAUUAUCUGUAAAGUCCCUCAGUCGAGCAGUGAAUUUCAAACACAGAUUCAACCACAAAGACCAGGGAGGGUUUCCAAUGCCUCGCCAAGAAGAGCACCUAUUGGUAGAUGAAAAAAAACAGACAUUGAAUAUCCCUUUGAGCAUGGUGAAGUUAUUACACUUUGGAUGGUGUAUCAAUACACCCAGUCAUUACAAAGAUACAGGCGUCCGCUCAGGGAUUUCACCAUAAGGCCAGUGGUGACUUUAAAACAGGUACAUAGUUUAAUGGCUGUGAGAGAAUUGAGGAUGGCUCAACAACAUUGUAGUUACCCACCAUACUAACUUAAUUGACAGAGUGAAAAGAAGUGUCUGUACAGAAUAAAAAUAUACCAAAACAUGCAUCCUGUUUGCAACAAGGCACUACUUGGCAAAGCAAUGAACUUUUUGUCAUGAAUACAGUGUUAUGUUUGGGGCAAAUCCAAUACAACACAUUACUGAGUACCAUUCUCCAUAUUUUCAAGAAUAGUGGUGGCUGCAUCAUGUUAUGGCUAUGCUUGUAAUCGUUAAGGACUGGGGAGAUUUUUCAGGAUAAAAAAGAAACGUAAUGGAGCUAAACACAGGCAAAAUCCUAAAGCAGGGGUACUCAACUAUUAUGCUUCGAGGUCCAGAGCCUGCUGGUUUUCAGUUCUACCUGAUAAUUAAUUGCACACACCUGGUGUCCCAGAUCUAAAUCUAAAUUUUGCACAAUCCAGGUGUGCAAAGCUCUUAGAGACUUACCCAGAAAGACUCACAGCUGUAAUCGCUGCCAAAGGUGCUUCUACAAAGUAUUGACUCGGGGGGUGUGAAUACUUAUGUAAAUGAGAUUUCAGUUUAAUUUUCAAUCAAUUAGCAAACAUUUCUAAAAACAGAUUUUGACUUCGUCAUUAUUGUGUGUAGAUGGGUGAGAUAAUCUAUUUAAUUGAUUUUGAAUUCAGGCUGUAACACAACAAUAUGAAUACUUUCUGAAGGCACUGUAUAUUAAGAUGUGCUUUGACUAAUACGCAACCUUGUUCAAGUACACAUUCACUUUGGCUUCAAACUGAAGGGCGGUACAUGACUUCUCCCAUCUGUUUCCAUGUUGUUUUUGAGCAUGUGCCAUUGAUGAACUGUGAUGUGAAUAACAGCCUUGGCUGCAGUGUGUUCAUACUAACACGACGGCGUAUUCUGUUGUAGAACUCGAUCCGUCACAAUCUGUCUCUGAACCGCUACUUUAUUAAAGUGGCCAGAUCGCAGGAGGAACCGGGAAAGGGCUCGUUCUGGAGGAUAGACCCGUCCUCAGAGGGCAAGCUCAUGGAGCAGGCCUUCAGGAAACGAAGGCCGCGGGGUGUGCCCUGCUUCAGGACCCCCCUCGGACCCCUCUCCUCCAGGUAUGGACCUACUUACUCUCUCAGGUUUCAGUCACACGAUGAGCUCGCUGCAUGCUUUACUGCAGGGGUCUCCAUCGGGUCGAUCCCGAGCUACCAGUAGCUCACAGCCAAUCUAUGAGUAGCUCACCAAACCAUUCUCAAAGUGCAUGUAUUUUACGUGUUCCACCGCAAAUUGGCUUAAACGAAUCUCACAAGUAUCAGACACCUCAAGCUCCUAUCCAAUCAAAUCCACAUUGACAUUAUCCCAUUCCUAGUUAACCACAAUUGGCCAAAUCUAACACAAUAUGUACCAGCAAUAUUGCCCCUGGAUUUCUGUGUGGUGCACGUGGUUCUCUUCCAUUCACUUUGUGUAGCCAGUUAGAGAUAAUGAUAACUGUCUUCUGGGUAUACAGUAGGCUUGGGUGGCAUACUGUAUACCGGGAUAUUUGGAAAUAGCUACAGGAUGGUUUUUCAAUACCGUCAAUAUCAUUUAAACUAUUUGAAGUUUUUCAAUACAUUUUUAUAUUUGUCGUUACUUUUUAAGUAAACACCUGCAGUCAGCUUGUGCAAUAUGUUAGGAGAUAAAGCAAAUCGCGUUCUUAAUUUCACCUGUCACAUUAUUCAACAUUAUGAAGCUUACCGUAGUUCCCAGAACAAAUCAAUCAACAUUUAUUUGUCACAUACACGUGUUUAGCAGAUGUUAUUGCGGGUGUAGCGAAAUGCUUGUAAUAAUGUAAAAAAUAAUACAUAAAAAACAAAAUACCGCUAAGUUUCCUAAGAGCUAGUCGUGAGGCCGCCAUCCUCGUCGACGCUCAGAAACAGAAAAACACUUGAGCCAGUCAUGUUUGUUUGUAAAUAGCACAACGGGAGAGCGCGUGAGCAGUUGAGUCCAGCUGUGUAUUGACAGGUGUUGUGUUUUAUAUUGAAAGUCGUGUUUUUUUGCUUCAAUAGAGUGAUCAGGGACGUGCAACUAUAGUUUUCCUUCACAGAAAAUACAUUAGUGCAACACGUUCUGCAGAAAACAGCUUCAUUUUCAUCAUAUGACAACAGAAGUGCAACGCUAUUUGGCAAGCAAAUGAGCUUACAAUGGAAAAGCAAGGUCUUUUUUGCAAAAACGAUGCAUGGCCAUCAUAUUUUUUAUGUUUAUCAUAGAAAGAAUGUAGUCAGCUACAUUUCCUAAUGUUAUACUUAAAGUUAAUCUUGCAUUUUACUGGAGAAAAGUAGGCUACACUAAAAAGUACCGGAGAAAAGUAGCUCCACAUCAGUCAGAGUGCUGUCUGCUGAAAGAAAGCCUGUUCGUGAAUUCUCAUCCGAGUGGAGUGCAACUGAAGCACAAAAUCUGAUGCAGAGCAGAAAUUACAAUAAGAAGCAUUUUACACCUGUGUUUACAAAACGCAGCAAGAUAAUUAUUGUGUUCUAUCUUUUUUUCCCGCGUAAAGCGACCCCUAAGUUUAACUUGCUAGUUAUCUAAGUAAGUGGCUGAAUUAAUAAGGUGACGGGGCAUCCUAUUGUGUUAGCUUUCUGCCGUGUUUGAGAAGUCAAAGCCCUUUGGAUGAGUUAUUUGUACAGAUGCCGCUAUCUUGAUUUCCUUUUCUCCUCUCCGGUCUCUCCCCGUCUUCUCCUCCCCAGGCCCGUUGCCCUAGCGACUCCAGACUCCACACAGACACAGCAUGUACACAUGCUGCUCCAGAGCCAGUACUGUUCUUCCUUCAGACAAGCACGCAUCAAAACUUUGUUCAUUUGCACAAUGUCUCUCGUUCACAUUUGCUUGUAAAUGUCCAAACUCGUCAAAAAUGACAUUCGGUAGCUCCUACCUAUAUAUGUAUAACUUAUGAGCUGGAUUGCCUGUCUUUGCAAUUAGUUUAUAUUCAUUUGCGCUCAUUAGUGUAUUUAGUUAGCUGCCUCCAUGGUAAUUCGCUAUUACUUGUGUAAAUGUUGUUAGCAUUCUGUUAAUAGACACUCAAACAAAAAUCCCAAACCAGGAAAAAUAAAACAGAGAACUGAAUUCGGGAAAAUGCAGUGUAUUUGAAGCUAGGGAAAAAAUAGUAAUUUGUGAUAUGUUUCAUAAUUUAAAGUAGCUCUCAUGAUAGAAAAGGUUGGAGACCCCUGCUUUACUGUUAGAUUGGCAUGUUUGUGCCACCGCCUUGUGGCCAUAUAUGGUCACUACAAUAUUUACAUUUUGACAUUUUAGUCAUUUAGCAGACGCUCUUGUCCAGAGCGACUUACAGUUAGUGAGUGCAUACAUGUUCAUACAGUAUAUUCCCAUUGGGAAAAUGUGAAUAGGUUGAGUAACCAUGGUUGAGCGACCACGGUGCUCUGGCGUGAAAUGUGAUCAAUUUCAAUGCAUAUGUAAAUCCAGGGCUCUGAGCAUUUUUAAAACCAAUCUGCUUUUCCCUCUCACAGGAGUGCCCCAGUCUCCCCUAAUCACUCUGGAGUCCUCUCGGCCCACUCGAGUGGGGUGCAGACCCCUGACAGCCUAUCCCGAGAGGGUUCCCCUGUCCCCAUGGAACCAGAGCCUGCUCCGGCCCCGCCCCCUGCCACAGCAGUCCAGCCCAAACUAGCUGUCAUCCAGGAGGCCCGCUUUGCACAGAGUGCACCAGGUGAGAGACGCCCAUUUUUGUCCAAUAACCACAUUGUUUGAGUCUUCUCCAAUCCUAUGUACAAAUGUGCAGUCGUCACGUGUGGAUCCUCCAUUAAAGAAAGCUAUUGUUUGUCCAGGCUCCCCUCUCAACAGCCAGCCGGUGCUCAUCACGGUUCAGCGUCAGUUACCUCAGACGAUAAAGCCGGUGACCUACGCCGUUGCCACACCUGUGACUACCAGCACCAACCAGAACCAGCAGCCCGUCAUGCAGACGGUGCACGUCGUCCACCAGAUCCCUGCCAUGUCUGUCACCAGUGUGGCCGGGCUCAGUGCCGCCAACACCUACACAGUGGCCACCCCCGCCAUGGUCACCCAGUCCGCCAUGGUCACCCUCAAGACUGAGCCCCAGGAGAACGGAGACUACUCAGAGGCCAAAGGUGAGGGCAGGGAAGAAGGAUGAUGUAGUGUGUAGAUGGACAGAUUGUGUUGACUCAAGGUAGUAGUGGUUUUAGCCAGGUUUACAUAGGUUUUACCCUUGAGCAAUGCACCUACAGUGCUGUGAAAAAGUAUUUGCCCCCUUUCUAAUUUUCUCUACUUUUGCAUAUUUGUGAUACUGAAUGUUAUCAGAUCUUCAACCAAAACCUAAUAUUAGAUAAAGGGAACAUAAGUGAACAAAUAACACAACAAUUACAUAUUUAUUUCAUAAACAAAGUUAUGCAACACCCAAUUCCCCUGUGUGAAAAAGUAAUUGCCCCCUUACACUCAAUAACUGGUUGUGCCACCUUUAGCUGCAAUGACUCCAACCAAAUGCUUCCUGUAGUUGUUGAUCAGUCUCUCACAUCGCUGUUUUCAAGCAUGAACUGCUCGUUUCAAGUCCUGCCACAACAUCUCAAUUAGGAUUAGGUCCUGGACUUUGACUAGGCCAUUCCAAAACUUCCAAUUUGUUGCUUUUUAGCAAUUUUCAUGUAGACUUGAUUGUGUGUUUUGGAUCACUGUCUUGCUGCAUGACCCAGCUGCGCUUCAGCUUCAGCUCACAGACGGAUGGUCUGACAUUCUCCUGUAGAAUUCUCUGAUACAGAGCAGAAUUCAUGGUUCCUUCUAUUAAGGCAAGUCGUCCAGGUCCUGAGGCAGCAAAGCAUCCCCAAACCAUCACACCACCACCACCAUGCUUGACCUUUGGUAUGAUGGUCUUACUGUGGAAUGUAGAGUUUGGUUUUCGCCAGACAUAAUGGGACCCAUCUCGUCCAAAAAGUUGACUCAAGUUUGCCAAAAAGCACCUGGAUGAUCAUCAAGACUCUUGGAAGAACGUUCUAUGGACAGACUUUUGGACGACAUGGUUUCAGUAAUGUCUGCCGAAAACCAAACUCUGCAUUCCACAGUAAGAACGUCAUACCAAAGGUCAAGCAUAGUGGUGGUGGUGUGAUGGAAGUUUUGGAAUGGCCUAGUCAAAGUCCAGACCUAAUCCCAAUUGAGAUGUUGUGGCAGGACUUGAAACGAGUAGUUCAUGCUUGGUUGAAGAUCUGAUAACAUUCAGUAUCACAAAUAUGCAAAAGUAGAGAAAAUUUGAAAGGGGGCAAAUACUUUUUCACAGCACUGUAUAUAUACGUUUUCUUAGUAAAUGUGAAAUGUAUGUCAUGUUGAUCAGUUAUUGUAGUGCCUGUUUGGUGUUAGUUGUAUUAUUAGAGGUCAUUGACAUUACCCUUCCUUUUUCCUAUGUUUGUCUCUAGUAAAAGUAGAAUCGGUUCCAACCAUCACCCAUGCCUCUAUAGGCGGUGGCAGUCGCAUCAUCCAGAAUACCCAGUCGGCCACGCCCUUACAGACGGUAACCUUAGUGCAGCAGCAGCCGCCCCUGGGCCUUCACCAGCUCCCCAUAAAGACCAUCACACAGAACGGCACCCACCUGAUGCCCAUGCAGGCCGCUGCAGGUGAGACAGUGACUCAUUAAAAUGGAUCAUGUCAAAGCACUUUAUCCCCAUCUCUAGUCUGCCACUGCUCUGACCCCAUCUCUAGUCUGCCACUGCUCUGACCCCGUCUCUAGUCUGCCACUGCUCUGACCCCAUCUCUAGUCUGCCACUGCUCUGACCCCAUCUCUAGUCUGCCACUGCUCUGACCCCAUCUCUAGUCUGCCACUGCUCUGACCCCAUCUCUAGUCUGCCACUGCUCUGACCCCAUCUCUAGUCUGCCACUGCACUGACCCCAUCUCUAGUCUGCCACUGCACUGACCCCAUCUCUAGUCUGCCACUGCUCUGACCCCAUCUCUAGUCUGCCACUGCUCUGACCCCAUCUCUAGUCUGCCACUGCUCUGACCCCAUCUCUAGUCUGCCACUGCUCUGACCCCAUCUCUAGUCUGCCACUGCUCUGACCCCAUCUCUAGUCUGCCACUGCACUGACCCCAUCUCUAGUCUGCCACUGCUCUGACCCCAUCUCUAGUCUGCCACUGCACUGACCCCAUCUCUAGUCUGCCACUGCUCUGACCCAUCUCUAGUCUGCCACUGCUCUGACCCCAUCUCUAGUCUGCCACUGCUCUGACCCAUCUCUAGUCUGCCACUGCACUGACCCCAUCUCUAGUCUGCCACUGCUCUGACCCCAUCUCUAGUCUGCCACUGCUCUGACCCCAUCUCUAGUCUGCCACUGCUCUGACCCCAUCUCUAGUCUGCCACUGCUCUGACCCCAUCUCUAGUCUGCCACUGCACUGACCCCAUCUCUAGUCUGCCACUGCACUGACCCCAUCUCUAGUCUGCCACUGCUCUGACCCCAUCUCUAGUCUGCCACUGCUCUGACCCCAUCUCUAGUCUGCCACUGCACUGACCCCAUCUCUAGUCUGCCACUGCUCUGACCCCGUCUCUAGUCUGCCACUGCUCUGACCCCAUCUCUAGUCUGCCACUGCACUGACCCCAUCUCUAGUCUGCCACUGCUCUGACCCCAUCUCUAGUCUGCCACUGCUCUGACCCCAUCUCUAGUCUGCCACUGCUCUGACCCCAUCUCUAGUCUGCCACUGCUCUGAGUAGUCCCUGUUUGUUUAAUUUGCUAGAAUUCAUGCAGCAUACUUGUCAGUGCUGCUCUCUGCAGUGUGUUUGUGUAUCUCUAAGGGCCAUAUGAAUCCCUCUGUUAAUCUGCCUUCAUUAAUCAACAAUGUCUGGCUGGAGUUUCCUACAAUGUUUGGAAAAGUACGUUUUUUUAAAAUUUAUUUGCAUAUGUUCUAAGCCGUUAGCUUACUUAGCAGAGUAUUCCAUCAAUUCCGGCACUGAAAUAUUAUUUUUUUUCCCCUCAUCUUCCUCCAUAUGUUCAGCCACAGCUGUUGCGAGUCCUCUCCACUUGCUGGCCACUCACGCUUCAGCUUCUGCUUCUCUCCCGACCAAACGACAGAACGGAGCCCAGGCGGCCAGCGAUCAGCCCAACGCUAAGCGCAUCAAAACAGAGGAAGGGGACAGCGCCACCACCACCGCAACCCUCGCAGCAGACAGUGACUCGUUGGCAGCCGGUGACCAAGGCAGCCACCACAACUAGUCUUCUCCAACAACACCACCAUCUAGUUUUUUCCUUUCCUUCCUUUUAUUUCCCCGUUCUUCCAUUGACUCCCAAGGUGCCAAAAGGAGAAGAUUUUCAGUUUGGGUUUAACCAUUGUAGAGGAUUGGAAAAUAUGACCACCCCUUUAAAAAGAAAAGACUGAAAAGAAAAUGAGUUGAGAUUGAAAAAGGACAACUAGGACAAGGAAGAACUGUAAUUUAAAGGUACCCCUGUGAGACAUCGCCACUGAGGAGGAGGAGGAGGAGGAGGAGGAUGACGACUACUCCCAAGACCACAGGAAGCCUUAACAACAAUUAACCUUCAACAUGAUGAGCUGAACUUUGACCACCUGCAGCGAGCGGUCUGAAUGAGGCCCAUGUUAGCCCGGUGGUCGCGCGGCACCUCUGUCUCAACUACCUCAGUGCAGAUUGGGGGCCACGGCCAAGGGCACCACUCAACGGACCCAUGAGACGACUGGACGAAGUGACCAACUAGCAGCAUGAGAAGCAUUUGACGCAAACGUGACAUGUCAACGAGUGCAUUCAGCAAAAGGGAUCAAAACACUCUGAGCCAAUUCCUGGACCUUUGGCAGCUAGCCUUUCAUAUACUGACCUACCCUUAUUGCUGCUGUAAGUAGAUAAGCAGUAUUUGGUUGUUCAUAUGUGGACC